GAGUCGCUCCUUUUCUUUUUGAUGUUGGCAAUUUCAGCUACUCCAAUCCUUCUCCAAAAUGCGAAGAGCCUUAAGAAUCAUUAGCUCAUCAGCUUCAAACCUCCGCAACUCGGCUUCAUCUACUUCUGCUUUGCCCAAACACUCCUUCACUACUUCGAUAAUUAGGCCCCAAAACCCAGAAAGCCAAUCACUUCCCUGUGGCUUUCUGAAAUGGGGCUCGCUUGGUUCGGUCAGGGCCUCGAGUUUUGCUUCUGGGUUCUCGCCCUUGAAGCCCAAGCCGUUGGAUUCCAUCAUUGACAUUCAGAGAGUUAAGGAUCGCUCACCUGAGGACAUUGCUUCCGCUUGGGAUGAUUAUCACUUGGGGAGAGGACAUAUUGGUGCAUCAAUGAGAGCGAGUCUGUAUCAUCUGUUGGAGCAUAGAGCAGCAGAUUGCCGGUAUUUUGUCAUUCCUUUGUGGAGAGGGAGUGGUUAUGUCUCAAUGUUUGCUCAAGUGCAGAUGCCACACAUGAUUUUCACUGGUCUUGAAGAUUAUAAAGCAAGAGGAACUCAAGCUACCCCCUACUUCACUAUGACGUAUUACAGUGAAUUUGCACAAAGCAAGGACAUGGUGCUUAUCCGAGGCGAUGUUGUCCUCCCCAGCAAGCUCAAUGACUCAGAAGCAAAAUGGCUUCUGGAGACCACCCAAACCUUCUAUUUGACUGAUGUUAGAUUCAAGCUGGUUGAACAGUUCAACAAACAAACACAUGAUUUCGAAUUUAAAGAUGUCUUGCAAGCACUGGAUAUGCCCAAUCUGUGAUUUCACCAAUAUAAAGGAAUUUUGGCCUCGUAGCAGGGAUAGAAUUUUAUGGACAAAAUCAUUGAACAUUCUGUUGGAUCAAAUAAGGGAGAUUCAUACAAUGAUGUAACAUUAGAUUGCAAGCUUGGUCAUAUCCUGGGGAUUGCAAUUUCCUUUUCCGUUUACUUGUGGAUUGAUUCGCUGUUUUACACAGUAAGCUCCAGAUUAUGAGUUACAUUGCA